CGGAAAUUUAAUGGCGACUUCCGUUUUGGGCGAAAAUAUGUGAUUUGCCUUAAAUAAAUCAGUUUUAACCAAUAUCCACUGGGUUUUUACAACUUCUUUGAACAUACGGUAUAAACGUAUAAUCCAUCAAACCUUCAAACAUGUUUUCCGGGAUGAACAUUGCUCGAGCAUGUACAGGAGUUGUAAAACAUGCUUUUUUUCCAAAAAUUAUUUUUCCCACCUCAAGCUCUCCAACGUUGGCUAGUGUUCAGGUGCUUUUGCUACAUACAAGUGACGUUGACUGUGGCAAAUAUACUGGCAGGAGAUCAAAGAAGAGAACCAAGAGAUUUCUUCAGCGUGCCAAACCUGAAAUCUUAGACCUUGCCUUUGCAGGAGACAUGGCAGAACAACCGUCCGUUGACUUGAGUUUACCACGUGUGGAUUACCAGCAGUCUGAACAGGUCAAAGUUGCCGAGGAAGCAGUUCAAAAAAUCUUCAGUCUGGAGUUUGCAGAUGGGAAAGAAGUCCUUAAACACAGAAUGGAAGAGAUGAGAUUGAAAAUGCAGAAGAAUCCAACUGAUAUAUUCUCAGCAGAAAUCAGAAUUGCUCUCAUGACAGUUCAGAUCAGAAAUUUGAUUCCUCAUGUGACACAAUUCAGAAAGGACAAGUGUGCAAAAUCUAAGCUGUAUUUAAAGAUCGCUAGGAGGAAAAAGUGGCUUAAACUCCUACGUAUGUUGGACUACAGCCGUUUUGUCUGGCUUUGCAAUGAACUGAAAAUUAAAUGGAUUCCAUAUCCUGUUUAUAAGGUUGAUCCAUCUCGUAGUGCUACUAGACGUAGGGAAGCAGUACUCGCAGCUCAUCAGAUAAAAUUUGCCAAACUUGAUGCAUUGAAAAAAGAACUUUCAAAGGAGAAGGAUGAUUUUAUGAUAUAUAAAGAAACAUCUUUAACGGAGAUUGAAAGGCAAUUAGCUGAUUUGAAAAUCGAACAGGAAAAAAUUGGGUUCGAUUUUGACGUUGCUAUGAAAGAACAGCCACCUCAUUUCAAACCCAAAGUUCAUAGAAUGCGCUAGAGAUCAAAGGAUUGUUGCAUUUAUUAGGUUAUCCACAUUUACAGUGAUUUUCCUGGACAGAUACAAUGCUUGGUUAGGCAAGGGAUUUUUGAGGUUGGCUAUUUAUGACGUAGAAGCCCAUCGUCCCAAUAUUUACACGGAAAGUUCAAACAUAUUGAAUCUUAUCGGUAGUCAUAUUCUUUGCCAACUCAAUUCAAUUUUAUGCCAAGCAGUUUCAUGGAGUGCAAGAAUAAUUUCUCCAUCUUGCUAAUAUAUUUUGUUUUUAUCUUAACAUUUUGA